GCUUCGCUUCUCCUGACUAGUCUCGACCCCAGCAAACAUUCAUCUUUCAUCUUUUUGGUACUUCUGGCCAGCCCCCCGGGUUCUCCAGGGCUAACCAUGGUUUGAUUGACUGAUUGCCUGUGUAACACUCUGAGUUGGCCCCCGGGAGGGGUUGGUUUAUAGUCGAUUGCAAGUCCCCGCGACGGUCACGAGCCAGGGAGAAGCAGAAGAUAGACACAACAAGGACGAGCAAUCCCUCCACACACCACCAUGCAGCCCCCAACCAUGCCUCGCGAUAUCCUCAUUGUUGGCGCCGGCAUUGCGGGCCUUGCCAGCGCCAUUUCUCUCUCCAAGGAACUGGGUUCCGUCAUCCCCGAUCUCAAGAUCUCCGUCUUCGAAGGCGCCCCGGGCCUGUCCGUCUCUGGAGGCGCUAUCAGUCUCACCCCGACAGCGCAAAACUAUCUCGAUAAGCUGGGCGUCUUGUCCGAACUCAAUCGCAUGGGCAGUGAAGCCGGCAUUGAAGUCGACCUUAUCGAUCUCUUUUCCCUCCGCUCAGGACGCAAACUCGGGCCCCUCAAAUUCACCGACGAAAACGGCCUCGGAUACGGGGGCUACAAGGGCCGGCGAGUGAUGCGAAACGCCCUCUCUCGCGCCAUGCUAUCUGUCCUCGAAUCCCACUCCUCCACCGUCUCGGUCUACUACAACAAGAAAGUCGUCGGCGGCACCACGGCCGACUCUUCUGUCACCCUAUCUUUCGAAGAUGGCUCCGUCGCCACAGGCGACCUCGUGCUCGGCUGCGACGGCGUCCACUCCAUCACACGCACGCGCAUCGUCGAUCCCGACAAUCGCUCCGAAUACACUGGCAUCUCCUUCAUCCAGAGCGUCACCGACGCCUCCGCCCUCUCCCUCCCCAUGCACUUCGACCAAACCGCCGUCCACCUCACUCGCCACAGCUCCCUCCUCACCAGCUACUGCGACCCCGCCCGCCAGAAGAUCUUCUCCGCCGCUAUCCUCCGCGUUAACGAACACCUCAUUGAACGCUACCAAGCCACCUCGAAACUCGGUUUCCCUGAACAAGCCAGCAUGAAGAUGUCCAUCCGGUAUCUCGUGCGCACACAAUUCGCCAAAUCCGCCCUUCCCAGCAUCCGUGAACUCAUCGACACCAUCGAAGACUGGGCCCUAUACCCGGUGUAUCAGGUCCGACAACGAGGGAAAUGGCACAAGGGUCGAAUUCUCCUCCUAGGAGAUGCAGCUCAUGCGAUGCCACCCCGCGACGAAUCCGCCGCCUACUCCAUCGAAGACGCCCUCAUAUUCACCCAAAUCCUCUCCCGCAACCUAUACGCCCCCCUCCCUACCAUAUUCCAAGAAUAUGAGUCCUUGCGCCGCGAUCUCGUCAACAAGGCCUUUGAUGCCUCCCGUCGUCUCUGGCAGAGCGAUCUCGACAAGGGGUUGUUCCCAGGCCAUGUGCGGGAUCUCAUGUCUCCGGUGCAUUUGCCACCGGCAGGCAUGGCUGCUACCCCGACGACGGUGGCUACCGGCAGACAGAGACAGCUGCUUCCAGCAGCCACGCAUCAGAGUUUCUCGGAUCUGUCGGUGUAUUCGUUGACGAGGGAGUUUCAGGGGGAGAUUGAGUCCUAGCGGAUGAGGUGGGCUGGCACGGAAGGAAUAUGGGUUAGAGGUGUUAAAAAAGGGUAUUAUCUAGGUUUGACUGUUCUUUAGGGUACGUAAUGUUUAUUCAUGGUAGAGGAUGUGCUGGUAUAAGGUAUCUAGAAUUCUAGAUAGAAAUGAAGCUAUGACCUG